UUGCUGCCGCCAGUACACGUCGGGCACACCGCAGGGUUGCCUCCACAACGCGCAGCAAUGUUCCCGACGCACGACCGCAACUCAUAGACAGAGAGAAAUGUGAAACAAAAUCGUAACGCACCAAUAAACACAUCUUCACUAACCUAUUAGCCACAGUUAUCAAUUAAAACCAAACCGUACAAACUCAAAAUAUUUUGAUACCAAGCAUUAAGUUUUACCCUUUAAAUGUUUAACAAUAUAACUAUAUAAUUACUAAUUAAUAAUUACGUUAAUAUCAUUAGUUUGGAUACAAAGAAAAAUAUCGAAAUAAACUUAACGCACACGUGACGGAUUUAUUUCCAAUUAUCAUUUGAAUGACUACUGACUGACUGGCGGGUGGAAACGUGGUGAAAACGGGGUGUUUACGUGUUUUCUAUGUGUGUCACUUGAGCGCCUCGUCUAGUGAACUCUUGUCUGUCAGAUUCACGCCCGAAAUUUUACACGAGACACAUUUCAUGGGAUAAAUUUGAACGGAGGAAAAUUUUACAUUUUUUGUUGCAAUUUUUGCGUUUUUCUUUUUUGUUUUGGUAACGUGGUUUCUUUAAAUUUGCUAAGACGAAGUUCUAUACGGUAUUCGAAAUCAAAAAGUGCUCACCGCGUGAGAACAAUGCCGACGACAGCGACAAGAAAUUCAUCGUACUUCAAACCGGCGGGGUCGGCGAGAGCUCUAUAACGGAGGGACUGCGGACCGCCCUAGCCCGACUGCGACAGAGAUCGAAUCCCUCCAGUAGUAACACAUCACCCUCUCACCAGCCCCACGCCGCCAGCGCAGCGGCCGCCUCUUCUUCAGCGCAAUCGUACACAUCCGCCGCCGCAGCAGCCGCUUCCCCUUCGACAUCUUUGGCUAAUCAUCAAUCACAAAUUGCAGCUGGCGUAGGCAACCCAAACAGUCCCAAACAUAACCAUCAUAAACAGCACCAAUCUCAGCACCAACACCAGCACCACCACAACCAGCAGCAACCAACAUCCAGGAUGACAGUGAACUCGCAGUCGGGCCCAAAAUCUCCCCGACCCUCCGAGGACCUCAUCAGCACUGCCACGUCGGCGCUGCGGCGGCUGAAUUUCAAAACGGGACGCGGCACCACCAAGAGCAACAAGAGUAAUGCCAGCACCGGAGGCGGAGGCGGCUCGCAUCAAACUGGGCAGGGCGUGCCUAAGGUGGUGGUCAUGGGAUCCAGCACAACAUCGGAAAACACGAUUAACACUAGCACAGAUAGUGCUAAUACCAUUGUGACAACCAUGACGGCCACCGACGGUGAGAUUACCGAAGAUAGUUUGGACAUGAACGAAUCUCUUGAUAUCUACGCUAGCGAGCCAGCAACGACAUCACAACAUGCAGUUGAGGUUAUGCAACCUACACUGGUAUCACCUAAAACUCCACCCACGGCGAAACAAAACACGCCUCCGACGGCCAAGUUGGCGGAGACAAAAUUCACCUUUGAUAUGACUUCGCCCACCGGGCAGCUUGUACCCUCCGAUGGAGAAAACCGAACACCCACGAACUCAGACAUCACUGGUGAUGCUCCAAGCGCACAAAAAACAGUUGACUCUCUGAUGGAGGAGCAAUUAGAUGCAAUGAGAGUAGAAGGCCGUCGUCGAAACAGUUACAAAGCAGCACAAGGAGACUUAGACAAAAUAGAACUUGCUAGUGAUCAAACUCCGCCUCCGCCUGAAUCCCUUCCAAAGUCCACCUCUCCAAGGCGUAAGCGUUCCACCCGCAAACACCACCACUCACCCAACAAAUUCAAAACUGACAAAUUCGUCUACGACGAACAGCACAUUGCAAAAUACAAAGAAAAAUCAAGAGAUUCACGAGAAUCGCGUGAAACUCCACCGUUGCCAGAUUUACGCGUUGAUUUCUUCAAUGAACCCUCAGCGGAUGACGAUUGCCUUUUUGUGCCGGCUAUCGUAUUGGAAAAGAGAGGCAGUGUAUGCCUCAAUAAAUGUUUACGAGAAGUCGGGGCGCAGCUGGACGCAGUCGGCGGAUCGCCGAUUAAUGUUACGACGAACCCAAUGGAGAAUUCAUCUAUGCAUGUGGUCAGCGGUGGUGGCGGUGGACGCAAAGUACCACAGGCGACAAUUGUGGUGCAACAACCUUCCCUGAGUGUAGACAAUGCAAACGUUGCUACAAUACUGUUGAAAAACGGCAGUGAAUUUGUCUCCAACGUCGAGGUUCAUAGCAAAACCAGCAAGAAACAGAAAGAAGAUAGCGUCAAGCAAUUACUGGACGUUGCAAACAAUUUAACGCUGGAGGAAAUCCACGAUUUUGAAAUGAGGUAUGGCAGCCCACAUCACAACCGAUCGCAAUCCGUCAAGACGCCGGGAAGGUCCUCGGGCCGUCCCAACUACCUAUGUCUUCCACAGCAGCGCUCCCGGGUCGCUUCAAUGCCCAACACCGGCGUCGAAGAGGAGUAUUACCGAUUGCGGCACUUUUCCAUCACUGGCAAAGGCGUUGUCAAUCGGGGCGACAGCCUGAAGAGUCGCAGAUCGAGAUCAAACAAUUCGGUCGCUUCCAGUAAUUCGAGUACCGAACAACUGCCGGUGGUCUCGACAGCAAACUCGGCACGCACAUCAGCCAACUGCAGUCUAGCAUCAUCUCGGGAAUCGUCGACGAGCGCCCCCGGCCCGAUGCCCUACCGUGUCCUGAUGUUGGGCGGCCCCGCCGUGGGCAAGUCCUCCCUGGUGUCACAAUUUAUGACUUCCGAGUAUCUGCACGCAUAUGACACGAGCAUAGACGACGACAGUGGCGAGAAGACCGUGUCCGUGCUGCUGGCAGGCGAAGAGUCCGAGUUGGUGUUCAUCGAUUUCGCCACGGCAGACUUAACUCCGCAGAAUUGCAUCAAAAAGUACACAGAUCCGCACGCCUAUUGCGUCGUAUUCUCCUGUGCGGACCGUUCCAGUCUGAGCUGCGCCGAGAUGAUUCUGCAAACUCUCUGGACGCUGGAUACCAUCAGUACAAAGGCGGUUAUCUUGGUUUCAAACAAAGCGGAUUUGGUGAGAUCGCGCGCUGUCAGCACUGAAGAGGGAAAAUCGAUGGCGACCUCGUACGACUGCAAGUACAUCGAGACAUCUGUCGGCAUCAAUCACAACGUGGACGAGCUGCUGGUCGGCAUCCUCACGCAGAUACGCCUCAAGCUGGAGAAUCCCGAGAGAUCGCGCGACUUGUUCCGCAAGCGCAGCUCCUCCAAACGCAAUCACAAUCGGAACAAAUCCACCGGCACCUCGGGCGCGGCAACGCCGACGGGCAGCGCGCCCAACACGCCGAAGAAGUACCGCGGCUCACGUACCUCCGCCAGCUUGAAGGUGAAAAGUCUGCUGGGGAAGGUGUGGGCGCGCGAUAGUAAGUCCAAGUCCUGCGAGAAUCUGCACGUGCUUUAAGUGCUGCGUAAAGGUGAUGACAAAGUCUCUUCCAGAAAACACACUUACACAGACACACAUUAACACUCACAAAUAAGCUAGUCAUGAUUUUAUUUUAGUGGACACAUUAACGCACUUUUUUCACUCCUUAAGUAUAUUUAAUGAUAACAUAUCGCUCCGAUAUAUUAACAUAUUUAUACCAAUUUGUACCCGACGAUAUGAUAUAUUUGAGUAGGCAAAUGACGAAAGUAAGCGAUUAGUUUAGAUUUUAGACCAAUUUAUUAAGUAACGAAGACGGAAACCCUCCUCGGAUAGUUUCAACUCAUUGAUUAAUAAUGGAUAUAACCAAACAUACCAAAAGAUGAAAACCAAACACCAAAUGCGUUUUGAUGAAUUGACGUGUAGUGAUUUUUAGUGCGAAAAUCGAACGUACAUAUAGUAUUAUUAUAAAUGAGCUUUAAGACGAGUGAAUUAAUUAAAUCAUACAAACAAGAAAAAUGAAUGAAAUUUAUUCUUAGCUGAGAAGACUUAGGAGGAAUUGAAACAAAAUGAGUAAAAUUAACUAAAUAAAUCGUUCGAAUUUAGUUGAAGCGUUCUAGGCAAGUUUGACAUUUUGACAAUUAUUGCGUCUAGUAAAGUACGCACGCGCAGUAGAUGGCAAACGAGCGAAUUGCAUUUUUUACGUAUUUGCAAUUUGAUAAAUAAAUUUUAAACCAAACGUUUACGAAUCGUAGUGAAACCUUCUAUUAUCUUCUCAUUUCUUUUAAAAUUAAACAUUUUAUUAUGACAUGCAUUUCACCCACUUGUGUUUACAUUGAAGGCGUAUUAUGUACAUAAGAUGAAAAUGCAAAAAAAUGAAACUUAUGACACUUAUAUACACAUAAUGACAAAAUAUUAAUAUAUACAAAGGUGGGUCCAUUGCGAGUGCGCGGUGCCAUUUUGAUGAAAACGACGCACCCAGCAAUUCGAUGUAAUUUCGAUUUAUAUUUUCUUAACGUGGCAUAAAUAAUAAUAAUAUGAAUAUUGUAAACAUGUAAACAAACAAGACCCUCAACUCCUCAACUAGGUGUCUACGUGUUUGUCUAAUACACAUAUACAGGUGAAACCAAACAAAAUGGUUUCAUAAUGAUAAGAUCUCGUUGAAAAGUAUCUAGGGGUUAAUUCAUAUGUUAUGCGUGUUUAAGUAACUGUCAAAAAUCUCCGAAUUUCUCCCGUACAAGUAAUAUCCGUGCCGAGACGAGGAGUAAUCACACCAACAUUAUGUUUCGUGCCUUUUUAACCAUUUAUAAUCAAAAUAACACUUUUCUUAUGCAAAUAGGGGCUGCUUUCGUAAAUAUUUCCCAGUGCUGCUUGUAAUAGCAAGAGAAAGAACGGUUUAAAUCAGAAAUUGCGUUAUUGUUUGUGAGUUUAUUGGAGUUUUAGCGUUUUAAUAUAUUUAUACCGUUGUUUUUCGCAUAACCAACCUUGUAGUCGGCACGCAUUGAUGUAUAUUGCAUCACAUAUGCAACUUUAUCUACACUUACAGAUAAAUAAUCGAAUAUGCUCAUCGUGCCGUACCGUGUUCCCCAAAAAACAUAAUACACGUCAAUACUAGUUCCACCCAAAACCACUAAAUGCAUAUAAUAAAUUAAUCAAGCUGUAGUGAAAGCGUUAAUUAGUCAAUGUUAGCUCUAAUCUUUUCGAUGCGUCAAACAUGAAUGCAAAUCAAAACCACACUCAUCAAUAAAUCAUUAAUAAUGACAAACAAUCAGCUGGAUAACAGAUAGCGUUUUUGAUUCGCUGUGCCUUUCUUUUCGAAAUUUUUACCGAAUGCUUCUUGUUGUUGACAAACAGUCUUAAGUAACACAUCGUUCGGGCGAAACGGGUAAUAGUUCACGGUGACCCUAGGCAACCUGACACGCACUGUAUGCAACCCAACAUACAUUGUAUAGCAGUUAGUGUGUUCAGGUGCUGCAUCACGCAAUAAGCGUGAUUUUUAAUCAUUUACUUGAUCAUACUGAAGUGAAACUUCGUUUGAUUGGUGUAGUCUAGCGUGUUGAAUGUACUUCAUGUAGAUAUGUACACUUAUCCAUCAUAUAAAACACCCUAAACACGUACCCGGAAUAAAUUUUAAAAAAUCGCAAUAUAAUUGUUUCACAACGCCCCUAAAUGUAAUGUAUUUAUAAUAAUGAAAUUAAAAGUAAAACAAACAGUCAGAGAAACAAACUAAUGUGUUAUUGUUUUCAACGACGGGGAGAAAAUGGUGUUUGGUGUAUUUUUUUUCGGCCCGUUGUACGAGGAAUGUAAUGAAAAAUGUUAUGUGUUUACAAUUUGAAUAUACUAUUGCAAAUUGUUUCAAAUAUUAAUAAUUUGCGAAUGCGAAUGGAAUUUUUUUAGUUCGAAUUUCAUUACGCACAUUUUAAUUAUACCUAAUUGGUAUUUUUUGCACGUUUAAAUGAAUGCGUGUCGCGUGCUGAGGUGAGGCGCGGCGCAAAAUCAAAUUAGAAAUGCAAUUUUCCGGCGCGCAUCGGUGAUAAAAGCCUAUUUAAAUUUGCAGAUAUCAGUAUGGAUGUCCGCAAUGCACUAAUAAAUUUGAUUAGCGCCGCACUCGCAUGGAAACAUAAAUAUUAACUGAGGCUAAUUGGAAACUACAAAACACACGGUUCCAUCCUUCAAAAAGUAUAUAUUAAUUGAAAUGCUUAAAACAAAUUGUAAAUCAUCCGAAACCAUCAUGUCAAGCACAGAUUUAUUAAUGAUUUACAUUAAUUCUAUGAGAUUGAUCGAUAAUGUUUAAUAUUUGUAUGUAGGUAUAGAUGAAUUGAGAAUUUUAAACAUUUGAUUAAAUUAUUGUCAUUUAUGGUAUGAGUUACAAUAAUUAUAAACUAAACACGGAUGUAACUUACUUGUAUCAAAUGCAUCCAAACAAAAAAAAUGUAUUAUUGAUAAUAAUGAGGAAUUUAAUUAAAUAUUAAAAUAUUA